UUGAUCCAUAUGUAUUAGAUAUGUACGAGAAAGCACUAAAAGAUGGUGUAGAAAAAGAUCGGUCAAUACGUGUAAACAUUGUUGGUAACUACAAACAAGGCAAGACAUCUUUAACAAAGAGACUCCUUGGAAACAAAGUGCGACGAAUCAAAAGUACUAAUGGUGUAGACAUUGAACAUUACACAUGCUUUAAAACGGAUGCUGGAAAACUGAAGUACAGAAAAGCAGAAUACCAUAUAUCGGACAUUGCUGAACGCUUGGCGUCGGCUGCUUUGAACAGUGAGCUAAGUACCUCCACGUUAGUAGGAUCACAAUGCAAGCAGCAGACGACCUUUUAUAUGUCAACCGAUAUUCAGCGCUUUGAACAUUGUGCAUCUGACAAAGAUACAAAGCGAAAACAAAUUUGCAGUGACACGCAAUUAACUGCUGUCUUAUCUGAAAAGGAAAUUGACACAUUCACAAAAGCUUUGAACAGGAAAGCGUCUCCAUCGAAAGAAAAUAUUGCGACCGUGUUUGACAUAUGGGACUUUGGUGGACAAUAUGUUUUUUAUGCUACGCAUACAAUUUUUCAUAGCAAAAGGGCUAUUUAUCUUUUGGUGUUUGAUCUGUCGUCGAAUCUCAAAUCAGUUGUGAUAGAUAAAGAUUUUCCAGCUGAGUCAAAUGACAGGAACAUGGAGUAUUUUCUCCAAUUUUGGAUGCAGUCCAUCCAUUCAUUUGUAGGCUCAGAAGACGGAACGGAACCUAAGGUUAUCUUAGUUGGUACGCACAAAGAUAAAAUCAAAGGAAGUACAGAGCGUAAAAAGCGUUACAUAGAGAAAUAUUUUGAUGACGUAAGGAAGCUAUUCGAUGGUACUAAAAUGCUUAAGUGUUUAUAUCAUGAAGAUUUUGCAAUUGAUAAUACGGAUAGUAAAGAUGCAUCAAUUACAGCUUUAAGAGAAACCAUUUGUACACUCGGAAAUGAGGAAAAAAAUAUGCUUGAAAUACCUACAAAAUGGAUACAGCUUGAAAAGUCACUGAAAGAAAGAAAACACAUUGAAAUACUUUCUUUGGAAUGGGUAAUGGCUAUAGAUAGAGAAAACGAUUAUCCCUUGGGUGAUUUGGAACAGGUGAAGUUGUUCCUGAAAUAUCACCACGAAAAAGGCACUUUCAUUUAUUUUGAUGAGGAACCGAUAUCAGAGUAUGUUGUACUCGAUCCACAAUAUCUUAUCGAUGCAUUCAAGAAACUCAUAACAAGCGAACGUUUUGCUACGACCGAUCCAGAGAUCAGACCAGCUUGGAAAAUGUUAUUCACAGAUGCAAGACUGGAAAAAUGUCUCGUUGACAGACAAUGGGGACAAGAUGGACUAUUUCUUGAGUAUCAGGAGAUACUACUCGCAUUUCUGACAAAACACCUUAUUGUAUCAGAAGCGACAAUAUUUAACGAAAUAACAGAAACAUCCACGGGACUAGGUUGGUAUGUUGUUCCAAGCUUGCUGAGAAAUUAUCCAGAGAAACAUGACAUGCAAGACUUUCUUCUAGGAAAGGAGCAGACACAUAUUCGCCUGAUUAUUUCAUUUAAAUACUCACAUAUUGUACAAACAAUUUACCAUCGGUUUAUUGCUGCCUUAAUAGCAAAAUGGUCGAUUGUAAAAACAAGCAGAAAAACACUCAUUUUCACGAACUUAUGCGUUGUAAGACUUGACAGAAAUCAUGCAGGAAUCGCGGAAAUGAAAUUAAGUGGUAUCGAGUUGACGGUUGUCAAUCUAUGUCCAUCUCUUCAAGUUGAAGGUGGGAAAGCUGAUAUUUUUCGGCGUUAUUCCGAAGCUGUAAUCAUACAUGAAUUCAAAAGACUUCGUGAUAAAAAAGAAAAUAGUCCGCCGUAUACAUUGAUGUGCAGGUGCAAUCACAGAAGUCAUGGCAUGAAGGGUAGCGUCAAUAUUGCUACGAUAGAAGAACUAAAUAACGAGAAGCUUGUCCCAUGUCUUGAUUUGUCCGACCAUGCAUUAGACGCUGAUAAAGCAAAGUCAGAGUGGUUCCAGGAUUGUAGAAAGCCAAUAUCUGUACCAAACGUAUACCUAAAUGACAAACUUUUAGGCAAAUUAUCACACUGUAUAGGCGAGAACUGGCAGUUACUUGGAUACGAGCUUGGCCUUACACGAGUACAGUUAGAACAUAUUACUGAAGAUCACACGAACAGCACAUUGAUGAAAAUCUAUUACAUGUUGAACACAUGGUGCCGCCAAAUGCCAGCCACUGCUACUUUGGAAAAUUUAGUUCGAGCAAUGCAAAACUGUCAAGCACUGAGUGUUGAAUGGGAUGAACUUAGAAACAUUGUCGAUGGAAUAGUGUAAGGUGACCGAGUUUUAGAUUACUGUUAUAUAGAAAAUUAAAUCUGUGAAAAGAUAUUUGGAAGCAUAGUACGCAACCAAGCACCAUUAUAGGAAAAAAGAUUUGACUUAACUUGUUCAUGAGAAGUAAUGAGUGUGCCAAAGCCCUCACGCUCUGCUAGCACCGGCUUUAGUGGAACUCUAUCAUAGAAAAAUUGAAUGUAAUGGAACAGAAAAUAUAACAACACUGAGUAAAUACGGGAAGUCUUUUUACAGCUGCCAUACGGUAA